UCUCGGAAAGGGAGAGGGAGUGUCCUUCGUUGAAUUUCUUCAUAAAAUGAUAAACAUAUCAAAAGUAUUAUAAGUAUAACUAAUACGGAGCACCUAUACACAAUUUUAUGUAGAUGGUGUUGUGAACCAAUCACAACUUCUCGGCUUGCUGGAAAGACCUGAGAAUGUUUGAUUGCUUGUAGACCUAGUUAGCGUCUAUAUUGAUGUAAUGCCUUGGCGCUUCGUUCUGGUUCCAUAUGGAUGAUUCAAGACUAAAGUCACGGAUUGAAGAAACAAACAGAAUCAUGACGGAACUUCUGGACCAGAAAUACAGAGACCAGUUGUCAACGUAUAUAGGUAAAGAAUGUCACUUCCGGUUACUGUAUAAGAUCAGCAGAGACGGAUGUUCUAAUACGGCAUUCCAUCAGAAGUGUGACAGUCAGGGCCCCACAGUGACGGUGCUGUACAACACCAACAACACGAUAUACGGGGGAUACCUGUCAAAGAGCUGGAUCUCUAAUGACAGUUACAUCAAUGAUCCAAACGCCUUUCUGUUCCGGCUGCACUAUAACGGAUCGUCCAAUCCAUUGAAGUUCCCAGUCAGUAGUGCUAUUUAUGCUGGAUAUGGACACAGCAGUUACGGUCCUAUAUUUGGUAGUGGGCAUGACAUUAACACUUUUUCUGGUACCAUCAACAAAUCUGGAAAUUACUUUUCAUUGAAUGGAGGCUUAAAUAUGGGAAUUGCUUACAAUCUAAACGGACAAAACGCUGCUUCUGUAGCAAACAGUAGCCUUCAAGUGACGGACCUAGAGGUGUACCAAGUUAAAGAUGGACCAGACCCAAACAAGUCUGCAGCAAAAGUGGGAGAUUCUGUACUUCUGGACAAACCGUGGAGGAAGUUUCCGGAGUUCAACAUGGAGACCCUGCAGCAACUAAAGGAAGCAGUUGUAGAUUACGAACCUGAAAGCGAGACUAAUGUGACAGCAGCAAACAUUCUUCUGAUUGGUCAGAUAGGCGCGGGAAAGUCUAGUUUCUUCAACUCAGUCAACUCCAUUUUCCGUGGCAAAAUCACCAGUAAAGCCCGCAGUGGGAGCUUCGAGCACAGCCUCACAACCGUGUUCCGAAAGUACACCAUCAAGGAUCAUAACUCUGGACAGAACCUGAAAAUUCGUCUGUGCGACACUCGUGGUUUUGAGGAGGAUUUUAAGAUAGACGCGCAGGAGAUCGCCUACAUACUGGACGGAAACAUGCCGGACAGGUACCAGUUCAAUCCAUCCGCACCUUUUACCACAGAGACGUUUGGCUUCAUUCGGAAUCCGCGACUUGGCGACAAAAUUCACUGCGUGGCGUUCGUUGUCGACGGAAGUACGAUUGACGUCAUACCUGAGAAUAUCCUAAAACAACUGAAGGAAUUACAGGGUCGCAUUAACCAGAGAAAUAUACCUCAAGUGGUGUACAUGACGAAAAUGGACAAAGUUUGUCCGAAUGUAGACGAAGAUGCCGCCAAUAUGUUCUACAGCUCAGGUGUCCGUGACGCCAUUGACAAGAUGUCUGACAUCAUGGGGCUACCACGUGGUUAUAUUAUGCCGAUCAAAAAUUACGAAAGUGAGACUGGUCUGGAGCCGCAUAUUGAUAUCCUGAUUCUAAAAGCCCUGAAGCAGACAACAGACUUUGCAGAUGACAACAUGGAAGAUCAAAUGGAUAAAAUGGCAGCCGAGAAGAGGAGAGAGGAAAAGGAUUGAACGAAUAUGAUGUUGGUUGUGCCGCUUGUGCGAACAGGAUAAAAUCGAACUGACCAAGUGGUUAGGAAUUUGGGAAAUAGAUUCAGAAGCAUGAAUGUGUUGUAAAACAAAAAACCCUGUACAUAUGCCUCUUGAAGUAUUAAGCAGUUCAACAUCGGAGGAGGACAUGUAUUGCUGACUUUAAUUGAGGUUGAUAUGAAGACAUUUUGUGACUUGAUAGGGUUUAGGGUAUAUGACAACACUAUACAGGGUGUUUCAGAAAGCGUGCAAUAAUUUCUUUUGUCGAUAUUUUUUAUCACGUUGCGACCGACUUUAAAGAUCUAUUUGUCAUCUGAAAGAAUAUUGUUUUAAUUAAGACACAAAAGUUCUUCACUGUGACAUCAAAUAAACACCAAGUCAUACCGCAACAUGUAAUAAAUUAAGUCAUACCGCAACAUAUAAUAAAUUAAGUCAUAUUGCGACAUGUAAUAAACUAAGUCACACCGCGACAUGUAAUAAACUAAGUCACACCGCGACAUGUAAUAAACUAAGUCGUAUCGCGACAUGUAAUAAAUUAAGUCACACUGCGACAUAUAAUAAACUAAGUCACACCGCGACAUGUAAUAAACGAAGUCAUAUCGCGACAUAUAAUAAACUAAGUCAUACCGCGACAUGUAAUAAAUUAAGUCAUAUCGCGACAUGUAAUAAACUAAGUCACGCCGCGAUAUCUAAUUAACACUAAAUCUUAUCACAACGUAUGGUAAACAUUAAGUCUUGAAUUGCUAUUUUUUGGUUGGUGUUAUAAACUCCGAGCCUUCAACAAAUCUGAAAAUACGUUGUGGGGAAAAUGUCAUGCCCUCUUCUAUGUCACCCACUUGUCUACAACCUCUUGAUAAUUUCUUUAUCUAUCUAGUUAUAUAACUCUUUGUCCUCUCAAUUUGUUUUUCCCGCUGACAAUGUAUAUCUGUACAUAUAUGUACUAAUAAAGAAAAGAGUGUG